GUCGGCCAUAGUAGAAAAUGGCGACCGCGAUGAAAUUGAUGUGAAUCGAGAAGUACUUUGUUUUAGUGACGGUAAAGUGAAUCUAGCUUGGAUUUAGUAAAAAAAACGACAAAUAAAACGUUAUAUUGCGAUGCAAAUAUGCAGAAUGUACCGCGGGAUACGGGCGCCGACGAAACGAGAUUAGAAAAAGUGAACGUUCAGCACGAUAUAGGGAACAUUUCGUCGACUCCCCAAUCGACGAAUUCUACACCGAACAAAUCUGAAACUGAAACUCUUUCGUUAAAUCAAAGAUUACGCAGAUUAAUGUCGGAAACAUCGGAAAGUGAGGAAGAUUCAGUCUCUGAGGUAGAGGCUUUUAUGGUAGAACAGGAAUACGACGACGAGCCUCAAGCCGAAGCAGCCAAAUUCCUGUUGGGCCCCGACGAAGACCGCAACGUGGAUCCUGAGACACAGGCUCGACUCGAGGCACUUCUUCAAGCUGCAGGUAUUGGCCAGUUAGCUGCCAAAGACGGCAAAGCGUUAGGCGAUCCCGAAGUACUGCGCCGUCUGACGUCAAGCGUGUCCUGUGCACUAGACGAAGCUGCUGCCGCCCUCAACCGUAUGCGCAGUGACACUGCUGCAGCCGCCUCUUCAUCCACGCAAGGAGCACCCACUGCCGCAGGAGUCCGUCCAGCGACACAGGGAGGCGCCGCCGGCGGUUCUCAGGACAAGACGUCGCUCAUCGAGGCCUGCACCGACGGUGAUGUUGGGACCGUUAAGAAACUCUUAACAGAAGGCAGGUCCGUUCACGAAACCAGUGAAGAAGGCGAGAGUUUGCUUAGUUUAGCUUGUAGCGCUGGUUACUUCGAAUUAGCACAGGUUUUACUUGCAAUGCACGCUAACGUGGAAGACCGAGGUAUUAAGGGUGAAUGUACUCCUUUAAUGGAAGCCGCUUCUGCUGGCCAUUUAGACAUCGUGAGGCUGCUAGUUCAUCAUGGAGCAGAUGUUAAUGCCCAGUCUACUUCUGGCAACACCCCGUUAAUGUAUGCUUGUGCUGGUGGACACACAGAGGUAAGCAUUCUAGAAGAGGUGGUAAAAUUUCUUCUUGAAAAUGGGGCGAACGUAGAGGACCACAACGAAAAUGGUCACACACCUCUUAUGGAAGCAGCCAGCGCGGGACACGUCGCAUUGGCUAAAAUCCUACUGAUGCACGGUGCAGGAAUCAAUACCCACUCCAACGAGUUUAAAGAGUCGGCUCUCACGCUUGCCUGUUAUAAAGGUCAUUUAGAUAUGGUAAGAUUUCUCUUAGAAGCGGGCGCUGAUCAGGAACACAAGACCGAUGAAAUGCACACGGCAUUAAUGGAAGCUUCCAUGGACGGCCACGUUGAAGUCGCCAGAUUGUUGCUAGAUUCGGGAGCGCAGGUGAAUAUGCCUACGGAUAGCUUCGAGUCGCCACUUACUCUGGCAGCAUGUGGUGGUCACGUUGAUUUGGCCAUGCUGCUCAUCGAGCGCGGCGCCAACAUUGAGGAAGUGAACGAUGAGGGUUAUACGCCACUUAUGGAAGCUGCGCGAGAGGGUCACGAGGAAAUGGUACACCUUCUACUCGGACAAGUUGGUUUUUCAGGGGCCAACAUCAAUGCCCAGACGGAUGAAACGCAGGAAACGGCCUUAACAUUAGCAUGUUGUGGUGGUUUUACUGAGGUGGCGGAUAUCCUUUUAAAAGGCGGAGCUGAUAUAGAGCUCGGCGCGUCCACUCCUUUAAUGGAAGCAUCGCAAGAAGGACAUCUAGAGUUAGUACGAUUUUUGUUGGAGUAUGGGGCGAACGUUAAUGCAGUUACGCAAACGAACGACACUGCGCUCACAUAUGCAUGUGAAAACGGUCAUACCGACGUUGCAGAGCUGCUUAUCCAGUACGGAGCCGAUAUCGAACACGAAUCCGAAGGCGGUCGGACGCCGCUGAUGAAAGCUUGCCGCGCGGGACACCUUUGCACCGUUAAGUUCCUUAUUGACAAGGGGGCGAACGUGAGAAAACAGACUACCAACAACGACCAUACGCCCCUUUCGUUGGCUUGUGCCGGCGGCCAUCUAUCCGUCGUGCAACUUCUGCUCGAAAAUAAUGCUGAUCCAAACCACAAGUUAAAGGAUAACUCGACAAUGUUGAUCGAAGCUGCUAAGGGCGGCCACACGAACGUAGUUCAGUUGUUGCUCGACUACCCGCACUCGAUGUUGCUUAACAGUCAGCAACAGGGCGCCGGCGCUGCUGCUGUGGCCGCCACGGCGGCAACCAACCUCUCGAUGUUGCCGGGUCAAGUGGGCGGUACCAGGAGUUCGCCGGCCGCUGCCACAAUGGCUCCAGCGAUCGCCGCUGCUGUUGUGGGAGCUCCGUUCUUCCAACCACCUACCGCAGUGUUACAAGAAGUCCCGGAAGCUGUUCGAAUCGUCCAAGACGACGAUGACGAUGUGGAAUUCAACCCUCCUAAGCAACAAGUGCAAUCGGCCACCCAACGGACGCCAAACGAGCAGCCUCAACAACAAAAGGGCAGGAAGCUCUUGGCCAAGAGUCGAUCGACGGGGGCCAUGUUUGACGGGACGUUAACCUCCGCGGAAGCGCAGCAAGUUAGGACACCGCCUCUAAGCGAUUUUGAGGAAGAAGUGAUUUCUGGUUCCGCAGCGAUCGAGUAUCUUAACAAAGAAGACCCUAAUAGUACCACCCUAAUAGAAUUUAUUAAGAAGAGAAAGCAGUUCUGUGACCCUGAUGGCAAUACCCAGAAACAACAAAUUUUAGAAGAACUACAUCGAGUUGAGCGUGAAUUGCAUGGCAAACACCAGCAGCAGCAACAGCAACAACAGGCGGCGGCCCAACAACAGGCCGUUGCCGCAGCCGCUGCGAGUCAUAAUCACGUAUUUCAAUACCAGAUGCCUCCCCAACAAGAUCCCUGUGUGUCGCAAUCGGGCGUGGCCACACCAGCGACCGCGCUUGCGCCCGUACUUAACUUUGACCUGGCUAUCCAGCAGCAAAAACAGCAAGGUCUCGGUUACAACAGUGUUUUGGGUGCUGCCGGACAACAGCCUCAGUUACAAGUUCCAUUUUAUGCGGGAAUCCCUCCGGCACCGCAGUUCGCCACGCCCUCCAGUCAGGCGCAAGGCCAGCAAACGACCGCGCCCGCCUUUUACUUUACGCCGAUGCCGGCCAGUUCCGCUCAGGUAGGCGUGACGUUGGGCACGCCUACCGCCACCGUAGCGAAUGGCGGACUACUUAGUGCUUCGGCCGCGGCCGGAUUAACCGUUAAACCAACGCUUGUACCCGCCUCUUCGUUAACCGCGCCGCUCAUCAAGUUGCAGAGUGUGGCCGACGUUAGUCAAAAUACGGCCAUUAAUGACCGGCCGAAAGUAAAACCGAUCAAGAAAGAAGGCAAGAAUAUCCGGAAGCUGCAACAGCUAGCUCAGCAACAAGCCCACCAGCAGCAGCAGCAACAACAACAGCAGCAGCAGCUGCAGCAUCAAAAUUCUCAAGUAACUGCCACCAACCAAAAUGCCAAUCAGUCCCAACAACCGCAACAAGUGAACCCCAUACCACCUAAAAAUUUCUGCAAUAUCUUUGCGGACCAGCAAUCGGUGUCAAUGUUUCGUCAACUGCAGAUGCCACAUCCGUCUGCACAGCAGCAAAGAACCGGACAAACGCCCCAGUCUACCGUGCAGUUUCAAAAGGUUGACGGUGCCACACCGGUACCCGAAUUGCUUAAUGUUCAAGACUUAGACGUAACGUUCCUUAAAGAUGAGCAACAAGAAAACCUACUUACUGCCUCCAUUUUGCAACAAUUCCAUAACACCUCAAUACCUUUAUUACGAGCCGCUGCUGCCGGGUCACCGCAAAAAACCCAGCUAGAAGUUUACGACCCUUUGCAGCAAGAUCCCAAUUCGGCCGGAAAAGUGACCAAACUGGAAUUAAGCGAGAAAGACUUUCCCGAUGACAUGGUACCUUUAGAGGUGCAACCCUAUCCCGGCGGACUGGACGAGACUAUGAUCGCCUCGAUUACGGCCCAACAACAUGCCGACCUUCAGGCCGCUGCUGUCGCUGCAGCUGCCGCGUCCGGUAAUACCGCGGAUUUGUCAAGGGUAGAAUAUUUUGCCGUUCCCGCAGGAACGACUGGUGCGGGACCUGCCGGUCAAGUGCCGGUCCAUGCCUUAUACCCACUAGCCCACACUCAGCACUACCUUCAAGGAUUUCAGGCCGGUUAUAGCCUUAAGCAACAACAAUUAGCAGACUCUCUUUCGGUAGCGGGAUCCGUCGCCCAAUCUAUUACUAGCCAGCAACAGACGUACGUCGCUGCCCAACCGCAACCGUGUGUAUCAGCGCCACCGCAGCAGGUUCAACAAGUGGCUAAUUGCGGCCACGUAACUCAAGGCACACAUAUUUGCCAACCAUGCGGACAACACCAGCAACCGCCGGCUUCUGUACAACAGCAACUUGUACAGCAACAGCAGCAAGCGGCGAACCAGCAACUGCCCCAGACCUCCAACCAAGUUCAAGCCGCGACUCAAACUCAAACCGCGGCUGACGUCGCCAAGAAAAUCCAAAAAGUUUCGGACAUGAAAUUCAAAAAAGGCCGAGUCAUCCGACACCAGUACAGUUCUCAGAACAAUCCUCAAUCGGAUCCUAACUACCAGAUCGAUCACAAUUCAGCCAUUACUCAAUACAGCGGUGCCGCAGCGAACCAGCAACGUCAAUGCGCUGGGGCGAAUUCAAUUAUUUCGCCUUGCAUGGACGUCGAUUCGGAAACCGAGAGCAACCAUGACACCGCUUUGACGUUGGCUUGCGCAGGCGGCCACGAGGAGCUGGUGGAGCUACUGAUCAGCCGCGGUGCGGAUAUUGAACAUCGAGAUAAGAAAGGAUUCACUCCGCUAAUCCUUGCCGCCACUGCUGGCCACGAAAAGGUGGUAGAGAUUUUACUGAAUCAUAAUGCGGACAUUGAGGCACAGUCUGAGCGCACCAAAGACACUCCUCUUAGUCUCGCCUGCAGCGGAGGCCGGUACGAGGUGGUGGAGCUGCUGCUGAACCGAAACGCCAACAAGGAGCAUCGGAAUGUGUCCGAUUACACUCCGCUUAGUCUCGCCGCCUCUGGAGGCUACGUAAACAUCAUCAAGUUGCUGCUGAACCAUGGGGCCGAAAUCAAUUCCAGGACCGGUAAGUUGUUUGAAGGAUCGAAACUCGGCAUCUCGCCUCUCAUGUUGGCUGCGAUGAAUGGUCACGGAGCUGCAGUAAAAUUGCUACUGGAUUCGGGCAGUGACAUCAAUGCCCAAAUUGAAACCAACCGAAACACCGCGCUUACUCUGGCAUGCUUCCAGGGAAGGCACGAGGUGGUGGCACUCUUAUUGGAUCGUAAAGCCAACGUGGAACACCGGGCCAAAACCGGACUUACACCUCUUAUGGAAGCAGCCUCAGGAGGCUACGUGGACGUCGGUCGGGUCUUGUUGGAUAAAGGUGCUGAUGUUAAUGCCACUCCUGUUCCUUCGUCUCGAGACACAGCUUUAACCAUUGCCGCCGAUAAAGGGCACGUGAAAUUCGUAGAGCUCCUACUUGACCGGGGCGCACAGGUCGAAGUAAAAAAUAAAAAGGGCAACUCGCCACUUUGGUUAGCCGCGAACGGCGGACAUCUGCCGGUAAUCGAGUUACUCUACGCCCACAAUGCCGACAUUGACUCUCAAGACAACCGCAAGGUCUCUUGCCUGAUGGCCGCCUUUCGGAAGGGCCACGUCAGGGUCGCCAAAUGGAUGGUACAUCACGUAACUCAGUACCCUAGUGAUCAAGAAAUGGCGCGUUCCAUCACCACAGUAAGCGAUAAGGAAUUGCUGGAGAAAUGUCACGAAUGCGUCCGGAUUAUUAGAGCGGCCAAGGAAACGCAGGCUGCCAAAGCGAAUAAAAAUGCGUCUAUACUUUUGGAAGAGCUCGAAUCGGAGAGAACUCGCGAAGAGUCGAAACGGUUACAGGCGGCUAAGCGGCGGGAAAGGAAGAAGAAAAAGCGUCUCGAAAAGAAAGAACAACACAAGAAAUUAUUAGAAGAGAAUCAGAAGAAUGAAACGUAUGAUGACAGUUCUAAAAAAGAUGAAAAGGAAGAAGCAGAGGAUACUGUCCCCGAAGUAAGUCACGCUGCCAAUAACGACAAAGAAGAAGGCGACAGUGGUAUCGAUGCGAAUAGCCUAGGAAGCUGUUCUAGCAAUGAUAUAAAGACCCCCAAGGAAAAACGUAAAAAUAAGAAAAACAAAAAGGGCAAAGAAUCUGUUGUGAAAGACGAAAUUGCAAAAAGCAAAGCCAGCACUAGUAAGGAGACCUUAGAAAAACCUGACAGCAAGGAAUCAAAAGAGACCAAAAGUCCGUCUAAGUCUUUAAGCAAGAAACCUGUCAAUGACAAUAUAGCACUUUCUAUGGAAAAGCCUAGAGGCCGAAACUAUGAAUUCGAUGCUACGAAACAUAGUCCUGCUGACAGAGACGAUUUUAAAGCAACAGGAAAUGAAAAUUACGUCACUCCAACCAAAAACAAAAAAAGUGAGGACUGUCUUAGUCCACCCCAGGGCAACAAAGCUGCGAAUAGUGUGAGCCCUAAGCAAAACUCAAAACGCGAAGAAGGUUGGAAAGAAGUCGUGCGAAAAUCUUCAGUUCAAGCAGUAUCAGAAAGUGGAGUUAAAAAGGUCUCUGUUCCUUUAAACGCUAUUUCUAGAGUUAUUGGGCGCGGUGGUAGUAAUAUUAAUGCGAUUAGGCAGUACACUGGUGCACUUAUAGAGGUGGAGAAACAAAGUAAAGGCCAAGGGGAGAGGAUAAUUACGAUUAAGGGAACUCCCGAUAUCACUAAGCAAGCCCACAACUUAAUUACAACUCUUAUUAAAGACCCUGAGGUUGAUAUUAUGUCAAUAUUGCCGAAGAGCAGCAAGGCGGCUACCAGCACUACCACUUUAUGGGAUAAAACCCAAAUAGCUACCAAGAAAAAUGCGGGAAAAUUAGCCACCGUCAUUCAAUCGGUUGGUUCAACCCAGCCUUUGCCCAGCAAAAGCCAAGUUGCUCAGGCAAUCACGUCAUCAGUCGUUAGAUUCGCUAACAAUACUUCAGUGAAAUUUAGACAAGCACCGCCAACCGUGGGUGCCCGGGUUUCCGCACCGAGAUUGAUCACUCAAUCGGAAAAAAAUGUUGUGCCUGCGUCACAAUCAAAUCCGGUGGUAAGAAUGCCUACUUCAACUGCUCCUCCUAGCAGAUCUACGGCCGCCAAGAUAAUAACCACUACGGCUAGUCAAACUUUUGCCGCCAAAUUAACCGAAACAGUAUCAGUAAGCCAAGCUCCCGUGGGCGUUGGAAUGAAUGGACCCAAUAUCAACAUGUCUAAGCCGAGAGCUGCUCUAGGCGUUCCGAACACAUCGAAUUCUGGUUCAGUAUCACCACAACCUCCGAUUACGUCUUUACCUAGCGUAAACAUACAUAAUUCCCCAAGCAAGCAUGUUCGACCUGCACCUGCUGGCUCUGCGCCGCCCACAAUGCAGCAUUUCCAACCGCCUAUGAGUAAGCCGCAACCACCACAAAACCCGCAGGCGUCUGCUUCUUUCGGAAACUGUAUUCAAACAAGUCAUACUUCUACAAUCGUGACUACUUGCGUCAGUGAUUCUACCACUUCAGUAUCUACUACAAUGACCAAUUUACCAUCAGCAAAUCAAGCGCCCAUACAGCAACAAACUAUAUUAAAUCAAUCACCCCCACAGCCGCCACAACAACAGCAGCAACUAUCGCAACAACAUCAACAACCUCAAGAGGAAACUAAGAUCCCCAAAGUUAACCCGACGUCCGAGUAUACAUUGUUUACUCCUAGAGAAUUUUGGAGGGAGCAGGAGCAACAGAAGAUACCGAACUUCGCCUCUGUAGCUGGAGGUGGUGCCAACCAUCAGAAUUCCGUGCAGCAACAUAAGUUCAUAGAUCAAGAACCGCCGCCACAAGUCGACUUGUCAAAAGCACCCGGAUAUCGAGCUCCUCUUUGUUCACCUGUUUCUUCUAAACCUAGCAGCAACAGUACUACUCCACCCAAUAUGGGGGUCAGUAAUAAUUAUCCUUCGUACCAGCAAGAACCCUCGAAGCCGCCAAACACUCUGCCUCCUAUAGGAUCCAGGCCGCAAGUAUCGCAGCAAAACAAUGUGCCUAACGAUUUUAUUCCGUUUAUGGAUUUCAAAGCGAAUAACGCUCUUCCCACCCUGAUCAAUUUGGGAAAUGAGGCGCAGCUGCUGCAGAAUUUUAACGCUAUGCAGGUGUUGAAUUAUUCACAACCCCAGCCUCCGGUUAGUAUCCAACCGCCCAGCAUGAGCAGACUAAAUCCUAAAGCUCCAGAGUACUCCAGUUCGGUUUAUAAUUCGAUGCCAGGCAUGCAGAGCAAGAACGCCGCCACAUACAACGGAUUCCAGAUGAACAUGCAGAGCAAUAUGUUCGAUAAUAAGGCGGCAAUGCAGGUCGGAAAUAUGGCAUAUAACAGAGGCGCAGGUCUCGGUGCAAACAGCUCUCAAAAUCGCUCUUGGAUGGGCGUACCACAUCCCCCUUUCACACAGCAACAGCAGAACGAGCUGAUCAGCGGCAUUGCUGGCAUGACCAUACAAACUAUACAAGCUAAAGUGUAUUCGUCUGAAGGUCUCGAAAAUGGAGGCGAACUGGCGGGUAUCGUCAACAAUUCACCAAACAUGUCUCCCAAUAUAGCCGGUUCUCAACACGGUCAACACGGACUUCAUCCCGAUAACGUACAUUUCGGUAUGGAGGAUCGUAAGCCGCCACCAAUCGGAACGGAAAGAGCCCGUAAAGCUUACAACACCCAGAUGGAACAGAACUGGUCGGGGAUGGAAAAGCAGUCCAAGUGGGGAGGGAAUGGUUUAGAUCAGUUUGGAAUGAGACAGGCUAUUUAUCCAGAGGAUACUACGCCUUUGGAUUAUCAUAGACCUCUUCACAUGGACAACUUCAUGAACGCUCCUCCAUAUUUUAACCACCAAAUACCGAAUUUGAGGCAAGAAUUUAUACCGGAUAUGUCCAAGUUAGAUUUGACAUGGGAAAAUGCCCGUCCUAUGACUGACUUGCAGGAUAAACCACAUAGUUGGACAAACCAUUGGAACAAAUAAACCAACAUACAGCACUAAAACUAUAAGCGUCGUUUUUUAAAUUAAGUCCAAAAAUGCGAAAUGUAGCUUCUUUGUGAUUUUUGGAAUACAGGAUUUUGCAGUAGAAAAAUACUAGUUCUAUAUAGUUAUUUUAAAUUUUUUCUUAUAUUCGUUUUGUUAUGGUAUAAGGUGAUGCCGGGGGUGAGUAUACGGGCCUCCGGCGUUCUAUAUUCAAUGAUCUAUAUAACCGGAAACACCUGUACUUUGAUGUAAAUAAAAAAAAGUAUUCAGAAUAUUCAUAGUAUGUUUGCAUGUUUAUUUUUACUCAGGUAGUUGACUUGCUUAUUUAUUGCAUGACAUUAUAAACAUUAACCUGGGUAGUAAAAAAACUUUCAUAUUAUAUUAGGUUAAAAAAAUUAAAAUCUUAGGUAAAACUUUACAGUAUCACCUUUUUUAAAAAUACAUUUUUUAUUUUACAAUUUUUGUUAUUUCAUUUUUAUUUAUGUUUUAAGCAAGUGAACUAUAUAUCCCGCUUAUAGUUUCAAGUAUACCAGAUUGAUAAAUUCGCUAUUUGGGGCGAGCCUACUGGAAUUUUGAAUGUUAUUUUGUUGGCUCUGCAGAAAACCAGCUUUGACUUUGUCUUAAGGUUUACUGGAGCUAUUUAACUGAUUUAAUCAACACAGCGCCCUUCUGUGUUAAGUUCAGUAAAAGUAGCCCCAACGUGCUUGUUGCUGGCACUAAACCUUACACAAAGUAUUUAAAUUUCUGCAGCGCCUUCAAGCAAGCACUUUGGAAUUAGACGUUAAAAUGAUAUAAAACUAUACUAAAAUAUAAUGAUGUAAUACUGUAGUAGUUGCGUAUAAAACGUAAAAAAAAUAUUGGUCCAGGGAUUUUGGCGUUAGGGUCAAGUUACUAUUACACGUGCGAUUGUUGUUCUCUAAUCGAAUAUAAUUAUUCUGAUUUUACUUUUCUCCUACUGGAAGGUGUCCCUUUUAGGGAACCACUCGAUUUAGGGGGCCGCUGCCCUCUUGUUAUAAUGUAGGGUUAUUAUUAUACGGAUUAUUAUGUAAUAUUGCUUGUACAUGAAGACAAAUAUAUCUUUAUGCACUGUAUGAAA